AUUAGAGGUCUGUUGGACAAGAUUUGUACACACACAAAGAGUGUGGUAGCGACUAUCUGUCAAGCAACAGAAUUAGCUUCGCAAAAAUGCAACAGCCAGUGGUCCCAGCCUGGAAGAAACUGGGCUUAAAGCUCAAGCAUUCACAAGAAAGCUCUGAGCCUCCGAUCAAGAUGAAUGGCAACGGCGUCGGCUCUCUUGAACAUGCUCAAGAAAGUCUGCUUGAGCAACCUCGAAAGAAAAGAAAAUUUUCGCCGAUUCGCGAAGAAUCCACAAAGAGCGAAUCGACAAAUGGAGCCAUUCAGUCAAGCUUCAAAAGCCCAAAGCCACAGAACAAGAAACUGAAAAAGAAAGUGUCAUUCUCUCUUGAUGCACCACCCGACCUUGUAACCAGCACAUCUUCACCCAGCCAAAAGAUAGCCGACGUGGAGAAAUCGCCCGCGACAAAGCAAAAGAAGGAGAAGAGGCCGCGAAAAGAUUCUUCUCGCGCUCGACAAGCCUCAGCUCCAAGAAUCAAUCCAGCUUUGGAAUAUCUGAGUCAGUAUCAUACCUCUCGACCGACCUGGAAAUUCAACAAAACAAGAGAAAUAUGGAUCUUGAAACACGCAUUGUCGGAGGAGGAUGUACCUAGAGACUACGAUGUUGCUCUAGCAAGGUAUCUACAUGGGUUAAAAGGCAUCGGUGCUAGGGAAAGGCUCGAAAAUACUUGUCUCGAGACACUACGCGCGCGAUCAGACGAUGAAGGCAUAAGCAGUCAAACCACAGCAGAUCGUGAUUUCCAGAAACGAUUCAGAGACAUGCUUCAGGCAUCAGAAGAUGGUAGUUUCGAUGAUCAGAACGAACAUCUUCGACAGUGGAUUCAGCAGCGACCACGCCCCCAGCUCUUGCUUGACAGCCUGGGUUCCGAUGCCAGAGCCGAAGGAGAAAAGCCCAAACCAAAGAAGAGGAAAAAUAGAACAGUGGUGGUCGAGUAUGACAGCUCGAGUUCUAGCUCGAGCAGCGACAGCGACAAUGAGAGCGAGAGCGAGAGCGAUAGUGAGAAUGAAAGCGACAGUGGCAAAGAGGCAGACAGGGUUGAGGAUUCAACUUCAAGUAGUGGCAGUGACAGCAGUGAUGAGUCCACGAGUAGCUCUGAUAGCGAAUAAACAAGACCGAGCACGUGGGAUAUUUUUGGUUCC